AUGGCGCACCCCACGGUGAGGAAGGCUCUCCACAUCUCCCCCGACGCCCCGGAGUGGCAGGUGUGCAGCUUCGAGGUGAACCGCAGCUACAAGCGCCUGUACAUGCAGAUGAACGACCAGUACCUGAAGCUGCUCGGAGCCACGAAAUACCGGAUCUUGGUGUACAACGGGGAUGUCGACAUGGCCUGCAACUUUCUCGGGGACGAGUGGUUUGUGGACUCCCUCUGCCAGAAGGUGCAGGUGGCUCGCCGGCCCUGGCUCUACACUGAAGGAGGCGAGAACCAGAUCGGGGGCUUCGUGAAGGAAUUCACCAACAUCGCCUUCCUCACUGUGAAGGGAGCCGGCCACAUGGUGCCCACAGACCGGCCGCUCGCUGCCUUCACCAUGUUCAGCCGCUUCAUCAAGAACGAGCCUUACUAGGAGCUACGCAGGCAGCGCCUGGCACCCCGGCUGCCCUCACCACCCGGCACCUCCUGCACAGCCCGUCCUCGCUGCCGCCCAGCUGCGCCCGGGCUCCCUGCACCAUGAAACGAGCCACUCCUGCAGCCGGUGGGGCUCCCCGCUCCAGCCCGGGGGCUCUGCCCAGCCCUGCAGGCUGGGGCUGCCUGCGGUGGGUGGGGGGCACGGGCUGGGUGAGGAGCUGUGCCCCCGCUGCAGCAGCGCCUCGCUUGUGGCUUCCUGUCUCGCCUCCUCCCUGUCUGGGGAGGCAGCUACUUCCCUCCUGGGAAGGGAGCAGCGCCCACCACUUCCCCUCUGCCCCGCGGCCCCUGCACGCACACAGCCCUGGGCAGGCUCGAGGCAGCUGCCGCCUGCUAGGAAAGCACAACUCACGUGGUGGCUGCGGGCAGCUGAGCACUGCUGCUGCAGGGGCUUUCUGCUCCCCUCCAAACUGCUCCCACAUCUGAUCCUGGUGAAGGAGGCUUACCGUGAAGACAAUCCCACCGCCCCCUCGCUGCCUGGGGCACGCAGUGCUUCUGGGAACUCACAAUAAACUCUCUGAACAA